CCCUACGUGCGUGAUCGCAGAACCCAUAGACUAGUCUGUUUCUAACACACGGUGACGGCAGGAUUCAGUCCUUGUUGGUUUUGGUGGUGGAAAUGGGUUCCCAAGCAACCGCCCAUUUUUUCCAAAGUGCAAGACAAUUCCACCGAAUCGGCGGAGUAAUUGGCUGGAAAUGCUCUCCCGCCGCUGCCGCUGCCGCUGUGAGAGCCCUGCGUGAGGCUGGCGGCGGUGGAAAUGACGCGCAUCGACCGGUCGCCGCCGCGGUAGCAGCCAUGCGCGGUACAGGCGGGCGGUCUUUCGCCUCCGCCGCCGCGAAGGUGAAUGAAGAGGCAGAUGUGGUGGUGAUUGGUGGAGGUCCGGGGGGUUACGUGGCAGCAAUCAAGGCCGGUCAGCUUGGAUUCAAGACAACGUGUGUGGAAAAGCGCGGCAGUCUAGGUGGCACUUGUCUGAAUGUGGGCUGUAUUCCGUCCAAAGCCCUCUUGCAGUCGUCGCAUAUGUAUCACGAUGCGAAAUCGCGAUUCGCUAAUCAUGGCGUGCAAGUUUCCGGUUUGGAAAUCGACGUUGCCAAGAUGAUGAAGCAGAAAGAGCAGGCGGUCUUUGGAUUAACCAAGGGGAUCGAGGGCUUGUUCAAGAAGAACAGCGUUGGCUAUGUCAAAGGCGAAGCGGCGUUGACCUCUCCGAACGAGGUCAAAGUACAGUUGACCGAGGGCGGGGAGAAGUCAAUCGGGGCGAAGCACAUCAUCAUCGCGACGGGAUCUGACGUUCGGCAAGUUCCAGGGGUCCCGAUCGACGAGCAGAAGAUCGUCUCAUCUACGGGCGCGUUGGAGUUGAAGAAGGUACCUAAGAAAAUGGUUGUGAUCGGAGGAGGGUAUAUCGGACUUGAAAUGGGGUCCGUGUGGGGGCGGCUGGGUUCAGAGGUGACCGUUGUGGAAUUCGCGGACUCCAUCGUGCCGGGCAUGGACGGUGAGGUGCGGCGCGCUUUCCAACGAACAUUGGAGAAGCAAAAGAUGAAGUUCAAGCUGAAGACGAAGGUGGUUGGAGUCGAUACUAGCGGCGAUGGCGUCGUCUUGUUCCUGGAACCAGCAGGCGGAGGCGCGCAGGAACAGUUUCAGGCCGAUGUGGUCCUGGUUUCUGUCGGAAGGGUACCGUACACGACUAAUCUUGGUCUGGAGCAACUUGGUAUCAAAACGGACCAAUGGGGAAGGAUAGAGGUCGAUGACCAUUUUCGAACGAACGUUCCAUCGGUGUAUGCCAUAGGUGAUGUCAUUCCAGGACCCAUGCUGGCGCAUAAGGCGGAGGAAGAUGGCGUUGCCUGCGUUGAGCUCCUGGCUGGCAAAGCCGGACAUGUGGACUAUAACACAGUGCCUGGCAUUGUGUAUACCCAUCCCGAGGUGGCUAUGGUCGGCAAAACCGAGGAGGAACUGAAGGCGGCCGGAGUGGAGUACAGAGCUGGAAAGUUUCCGUUCUUGGCGAACAGCAGAGCUAGGACUAUUGAAGACGCGGAUGGAUUGGUGAAAAUUCUUGCGGACAAGAAGACGGACAAAAUCUUGGGCGUGCAUGUAAUGGGACCGAACGCUGGGGAGCUCAUCAUGGAGGGUGUGUUGGCAAUGCAAUACGGCGGGGCGAGUGAGGAUAUUGCUAGGACCUGCCACGGGCAUCCCACACUGAGCGAGGCCAUCAAAGAGGCGGCCAUGGCAACGUACGACAAACCAAUCCACAUUUGAAACAUCCUGCUGUGGCUCUCAGCGCCCCUCUGAGGGUCGAUCGUAAUCCAUUCACUUCACUUCAAUGACGUGUGAGUGCGACGUUCUACGGAUUCCAAGGGCACU